UCCAGCAUAUCGCACCGAGCAGUAAGCCACUCGACGACCCGAAUAUAUAAAGUUGUUGCGUUUAGGUUAACUUCUUUGGAUUGACAGGACCAGAGGGUCGAUUCUGUAUCUUCAAACAAAGUGAGAAUGACAAAAAAUCGAUUUUAAGUAAUAGAGAAAUUCUAAAAAGAGAUGUACCGGAACAUCUGUCGACUGUUGACACGAACAUGCGUGAGGCAAAUAUACACCAGCGUGUCGCGAAAUUUAAUGAAAGACCAUUCUAACACGUUCCGAAAGAAAUUACAUUCUACUGCCUUUUAUUGGUCUGGAAUCGGAGUUCUGGUAGUUGGUUUGAGUUACUCUGCAGUGCCUUUGUACAGAAUGUUUUGCCAGUCAUACAGUUAUGGUGGAACGGUAUCAGCUGGUCAUGAUGCUAGUAAAGUAUCCACAAUGACACCUAUUAAGAACAAAAAGAUCAAAAUUAUGUUCAAUGCCGAUGUGGCAUCGUCGAUGCAAUGGAACUUCAAACCACAGCAAAAAGAGAUUACAGUUGUUCCUGGAGAGACGGCUUUAGCAUUUUAUACAGCCACAAAUCCAACCGAUAACCAAAUUGUAGGAAUAUCCACGUAUAAUGUUUUACCAUUCGACGUAGGACAAUACUUUAAUAAGAUACAAUGCUUCUGUUUUGAGGAACAGAUGCUUAACCCACAUGAACAAGUUGACAUGCCAGUGUUCUUCUUCAUUGAUCCAGAAUUCAUAGAGGAUCCAAAAAUGGAGUUUGUUGACGAAAUAGUUCUCUCCUAUACGUUUUUUGAGUCCAAACCAGGAUUUAAUUUGCCUGUACCGAGCUAUGCCAAAAGUCAUUCAACAAAGUAAAGCUUAAUUAUGUUUAAUAGUUCUAGCAUAAUUAUGAUAAUUGUA